AUGAAAAGACAAUACAAUGUGUUAGAAGCCCCUGAUGCCGUUUCUGCUACUGAUGCUACACUCUACGAAGGGCCAAAACCGAAAAAAAUGGCCAUAUUAACAAGUUACCCAUCUCCAAAAGAAUCACUUUAUGAUGUACAAGUGCAUCUUCCUGCUUCCAUUUCAAGACCCGUAACCCCGGCUGAUAAAAUCAUUGAUUCCCUUACACAAGGUCCUCCCUCACCAGCUAAAAGUGAGGAAGCAAUAGAACUUAGUUCAAUGACUUGCACAAGUCCUAUUGCCAGUUUCAGCCCUAUCAGUUGCCCAACUCCUGUAUCAACACCAGUGUCUACAGUUGCAAAUAGCCCUCUUGCUGCUCAUUCUCCAUUAUCAAUCGACACGAAAGAUGAUGAUGAUAACCAACUUGAAAUAACUGGUUAUCUCAACCCAUUUACUGCAUUACAUUUCACACCUCUUGCCCCAUUUAAUAAUGCACCUUAUCCUUUUGCAUUUGUUGAGCCUCCACUCAAUAAUAGCUAUGAAAACUUCAAAUCACCACCACCAAUAUAUUUAUCCUCAUUAACAGGCAAACGUGCUGCAAAAGAAGUUAAAACUACAGAGAAAUUACUUCCUUCACCUGAAUUUUCACUUCCUCCAUCACAGGUUGGUACUAAUGGAUAUAUGAACCCAACCAGAACUUGCGAUUCAAAGAAAUCAUUUCCACAUUUUUAA